AUGUUCUCCUCCUACUAUACCUUCAACAACCUCUUCCAAGACUUUGCUUCUUCAAACCCCAACAGUCUCUUCGCCCUCACUCCGCCUGUCGCCCAAUUCCUUGCCGGGGGACUCGCGGCGGAAGCCUUCUGGCUCGUCGGAUAUCCGCUCGAUAUGGUCAAGAAUCGAAUCAUGUGCGACUCGUUCAUCAAGCCAAGAUACCCCACUUGGAUCUCCGCCGCAAGAGCGAUCUGGCUCGAAGGAGGCUUCAAAGCUUUUUACCGUGGUCUCACUCCCUGCAUCUUGAGAGCGUUUCCAACUAAUGCUGCCGCUUUGGCUGUCUGGGAAGGAGCUAUGAAGGUUAUGAAAUCUUGA